GAUGGUUCUCCCCCGCCCACCACCUCCACCCCGGCUGUUCGGGGUUUGUUUACCUCGCGGUGGAGGCUGGGUAAAGAUGGCUGGUUGACCCAGGCGCAGCCGUGAUCUCUCAGCUGGGAAACUUCUCUCAGUCAUCCUGGCAGUCCCGCCGCCGCCAUGGAGAAAAGCGCCAGUUACGAUAGCAUUGGAUCCAAGCGGUCGCUCCAGGGGACCGCCUCAGACUCGAGGCCGCCCAGCGCUGGAUCCGUCAGCAGUAUCACCUCAUCUGUCUCUGAGCAAACUGUGUACAAGACUACUGCAGUUAUGUCCUCUGAUUCUAUUUCUUCAGAUUUUUCAACAGAUUUCAGGGUUUUAAAAGAUAUCAAUAAGCUGGCUCAAAUGGAAGAACCACCAUUGCUACCAGAAGAAUCCAUGAAAGAUAUGGCCAAGGAUGUUACUUACAUUUGCCCUUUCACUGGCACUCUGAAGGGAACACUGACUGUUACAAACUACAGACUGUAUUUCAGAAGCUUGGAACGGGACCCACCUUUUGUUCUUGAUGUUCCUCUGGGCGUGGUCAGCCGUGUUGAAAAGAUUGGUGGGGCAUCCAGUCGAGGGGAAAACGCUUAUGGUCUUGAAAUCUUCUGUAAGGAUGUUCGGACUAUCAGAUUUGCUCAUAAACAAGAAGGACACACCAGACGAUCUAUCUUUGAGAACUUGAUGAAAUAUGCAUUUCCCAUAUCCAACAACUUGCCAUUAUUUGCCUAUGACUACAGUGAAAUAUUUCCAGAAGAUGGCUGGAAGGUUUAUGACCCAAUUGCGGAGUAUAAGAGAAUGGGUCUACCCAAUGAAAGCUGGAAACUAAGUAGGAUAAAUGAUAAUUAUGAACUUUGUGAUACUUAUCCUGCUAUAUUGGUGGUGCCAGAGAAUGUCCCAGAUGAUGAGUUGAAGAAGGUAGCUACUUUCAGAUCCAGAAACCGUAUACCAGUAAUAUCAUGGAUACAUCCAGAGAGCCAGGCAACAAUCACUCGCUGCAGUCAGCCUCUGGUUGGUAUGAGUGGCAAGCGUAGCAAAGAUGAUGAAAAAUAUCUCCAAAUUAUUAUGGAUUCCAAUGCACAAUCUCACAAAAUCUUUAUCUUUGAUGCUAGGCCAAGUGUUAAUGCUGUGGCUAACAAGGCAAAGGGAGGUGGCUAUGAAAGUGAAGAUGCCUAUCAGAAUGCGGAACUGGUCUUUCUCGAUAUCCAUAAUAUCCAUGUAAUGAGGGAAUCCUUACGAAAAUUGAAAGAGAUAGUUUACCCCAACAUAGAAGAAUCCCAUUGGCUAUCCAACUUAGAAUCAACACACUGGUUGGAACACAUAAAACUAAUUCUUGCUGGUGCUUUGAGGAUUGCUGACAAAGUUGAAUCUGGAAAGACAUCAGUUGUGGUGCACUGCAGUGAUGGCUGGGACCGAACUGCACAGUUGACAUCUCUGGCAAUGCUUAUGCUGGACAGCUAUUACCGUACAAUUAGAGGCUUCGAAGUACUUAUUGAAAAAGAAUGGCUUAGCUUUGGCCAUAGAUUUCAACUUAGAGUCGGACAUGGAGAUAAGAACCAUACAGAUGCUGACAGGUCACCGGUCUUCUUGCAGUUCAUUGACUCUGUGUGGCAGAUGACAAGACAGUUCCCAACAGCCUUUGAGUUUAAUGAAUUCUUCCUUGUAACCAUUCUUGACCAUCUGUAUAGCUGUUUGUUUGGAACAUUCCUUUUUAACAGUGAACAGCAAAGAGUAAAAGAGGGACUGCAAAGAAGUACUGUUUCAUUAUGGGCUUACAUAAACAGCCAGCUGGAGGAGUUUAUCAAUCCCCUCUAUGUGAAUUACUAUAACCAUGUGCUGUAUCCUGUGGCAAGCAUGCGCCACCUAGAGCUCUGGAUUGGCUAUUACAUCCGCUGGAACCCAAGGAUGAGACCACAGGAGCCUAUUCAUCAACGUUACAAGGAACUUUUAGCAAAACGAGCAGAGCUUCAGAAAAAGGUGGAAGAAUUACAGCGAGAAGUUUCUAACAGGUCAGCUUCCUCAUCAGAGAAAGCUGGCUCGCCUUCACGUUCAGUUACACCAGUACAGACUAUCAUCUGAAAAUCAAUUCUUUAAAGGAUUUAGUAGCUGUUACAGACAAUUUUAGCCAAUGUUUUCUCAUGCUUGAAGAAAAAUUCACUUGUAUACGCAGGCAAUCAUAUGUAAACAGGUUACUAUAUCUUGUAUUUACAACUUUAUUUUGUAUCAGCAGUUAUAACACUUAAUUGCCAAUUGUAGGCAAGUAAUUCAACUGUUCCAAGUGAAUAGACUAUGACGUAGUUUGUCCAUUUGCAAAUGGAUAUUAUUUAUUGCACUGACAAAUUUUAACUACUCUUAACCUUAAUUUAUGGGUUGAACACUAAACCUUACAGGGAAAUAACCAGUAUGCUUGUAUGUUUUAAACUGGUUAGCUUUCUUUAAUUUGUUACUACAGCUCCUAAUAGUCAGCUGCAUUUACUUGAUUUCUUCCCACUCCCUCCCCUUAACCAGGAGGAUAUUAAAAUACUUGCUGGGUAAGAAAUUAUUGAUGCAUAUAUUCGAUUAAAUAUAAAUGAAAAGCUAUUAAAAAGAACAGGAAUGACUAUUAAACAGGGCAGUUAAUUGAGGUUAGAGAUGGUCAUUUACCCAAUGAGUGCUGUAUAGAUUUGUUUUCUUCACUGGAACUUAUUUUAAUAUGGCCAUUAUUAAAUUUAUAUUUAUCCAAAUCAAAUUUCCACUUUGGUUUUCUCACUAAAUAUUGCCACCAAUUUUGCACUGCAACAAAUCUGCACUAGUAAGGUUGAUCCAGCUAAAAUAAUGAAAGACAAAGUAUACUAUUUUUCUAAUCAACAGUGUAAACAUACUAUAAAAAUAAAUAGUGCAGAUUGGAUUUUCACAGAGUAAGCUGCUUGUUAUGGUUGCAGUGCUCAUGAUGUAUGCAACUAGUGUCAUCAUUUAUUUCUGUUAACUGCCUGUCUCCUUGAAUACUUUAUUUAAUCUGGCAUUGAGCGUUUAACAUGCUUGAACAGAAGUGUUUCUAAAGCAAGGCUUAAAAAAAGACUUGCGCUUUCUUGUUAUCUGUAGUUUUCCAAUUAUACAUUUUGAAGUUAGAAAAUUAUUUAGUUGUGUUUUGGUAUCUUCUGAAUAAACUGGAAAAUGGUGAAGUAAAAUUUAUGAGAACACAAAGCUUUCAGUAUAGAAAGUAAACUGCUUGCAUUUUUAAAAAUCUAACUGGUUCAUCACUACUUACCUUCAAAAUCUUAAAGCCAAACCUGAAAUUCAGGAACAAAAUUUUUCAGGCACAACAAAGACAAAAAGACUACAUAACAUAUAUUGCAGCUUCUAACCAGAUUAAUACCAUACUCAGAAAUCAUGCUUUCAGGGAUUAUUGAUGAAAUUUAGUAACCUAUCCAAUGCAAUAUUGUAUCAUUUGUGUGCAUCUGUUCUGUACUUCAAAAAAGUGGGGCACUGGCGAGUGAUCCAAUUGUCUGGAACUAUUCAAAUCAAACUAGUCUAUGUUGGAACUGAAAAAUUCACUGAGUGACUUUGCCUUCUCCAAAUGUUUAGGUUUCAGGUUAAAUUGAUGCCAAGUUAUGGAUGCUUCAUGAAAUACAUUAAUUUCACAUUUUAGGUACAAGAUUGAUUAACAUAAUUUUCUUUUAGGUUUGUAUAUUCUACAUAAUUCUGGCAUUUAGUCAGCUGGAAUGAGUCUGUUGUGAAACCUGUUACCAAUUUUAUAGGUUAAUCAUUACACUGCUGAUGAUUUAGUAAUAACGAAAGCUGUUUAGCAACUGGAAGCUCUAGAAAUCUCUCCCUAAACCUCACCACCUCUCUACCUCUUUCUUCCUUUAAGACACUACUUAAAACCUACCUCUUUGACCAACCUUUUGGUCACCUGCCAUAAUACCUGCUUAUGUGCCUUCCUCUAUGUCAAAUUUUGUUUUAUAUUGCUACUUUAAAGUACCUUGGGGUGUUUUAUUACAUAAAAGGCACUAUAUAAAUAUAUGUUGUAAUCUAUCUGUAUCCUCUCUGCAGGUCCAGUAAUUACAUUUUAGGAUCAUUUUAAUUGCUAUAACAAUAUUAAAAUUCUCUGAAUAUUCAAUCCAAAUUUUUAGUCAGAUUAAUAUUUUACUUCAUUGACAUGGAUGCAAGGAUUAUAAUUGCUAUUCGGCUAAAUUAGACCAGAAAAAAACAUUUAAGUAUCCAUUCCCCUCGGAUCACACUCAGACAGGAUUAUAUCUGAGUGAUUCAGGGAUACAGGCUUUUCUAAUGGUUCAAAUUAAUGUAAUUCAAUGUAAUUACCUAGAUGAUUAAUAAAAGCUGUAGUAGUGUGCUGUUGGUGGCAAAGAAAUAACUUAAGAUACUUGAAGUACAGGCUUCCUGUAUUUUGCCUUUUAUUGAUGCUAAAACAUAUUCAAAAUUGGAAAAACAAAAUCAAUAUUCUUUUUUGGCUAGAUGAGCCUUUUAUUUUCAAAGAGUGCAAUAUUUAGGACAUUAUUUGCAUUUUGCAAUAUAGAUUAGGCUAUUCAACAUGCAUUGUUAUUGGUUGGCAGGUGAUGGGGAAAUGUAUUGAAAUUUUUCAGACCAAAACUAAUUUCUAGGCAAUUGAUGUUUUUGAAUAAAUACUGUCCCAGGUAAAUACCACAACAUUUACUUAAAUGAUAUAUUUGGAAGACUAAUCUGUCUUGUGGUGCCAGAAAUUGAUUUUAACUGUUCUAAAAUAGAUGGACUGAGGUUCAUUACACAAUCCAAGGUGGAGUUCUUUUAUAUUUAUAACAAACACUUGCAUUUAUAAUUCAUCUGUAUUUUUCUUUAAAGGUUAUCAAAAGUUUCCUAUUUUUUGUGAAGAUGCUACAUUUAAUGUAUCAAAUAACUUCUAUUGUUGCCUUGGUAAAAGCACUCUACUAACCAGAACAUUUCAGGUUUAUAAAAAACUUACAAAUGUGCUAAUUUAGUUCAGCUGUGUCUUCUAAGCUAUUUAUAGAAUAUAUAGAAGCAUUGAAUGGUUACAGCACAGGAGGAAGCUAUUUAGACCGUCAUGUCUGUGUCGGCCCUCUACAAGAGCAACUCAUUAGUCUCACAUUGCUACCUUUUCCCAUUAGCUUUGCAAAUUUUUUAUUAUUACUGUUGUAGUUCACUUAAGUAUUUGAAUGAAGGGUCAAAAAUUUGAAACAUUUCAACUUCAUUUCCUACACUUUUUAGUUAAGCGCACCUGAUGCUAGUGGAUAUACUGUUGUGUUAUUAAAAUAUUGUAAGAAAGAUUCAUGAACCCCUGUGCAUUAGACUUUGUUAUUUAGUUUUAUUGUUUCAAUUUUUUUUGCCAGUGAAAGCUAUCUUUAACAUAAUAGCAAGAAGGAGAAUGGAAGGAGAAAAGAUGAAAACUGAACUUGAACCCUAGCAUCAAGUUUGACUGGCAUCAAGUUUGAGUUGGUGUUGGCAAGUGCUACCCCAAUAUUUAGUAGGAUGUGAUUUCUAAGCAGGAGCGACGUUCUGGUCAACGCUGAAAUUUUAACUCCAUAGCAUGUUGGUGUUUUUUUUCAAACCCGUUUGCCAGCUGGAAGCCAGCCUGUUGACAGGCUUGGCUCCUGGUUAGGCAAGGAUCGUGCCAGAAGAGACCAACGAACAGGUAGAUUUCUUUCUGUUUAGGUGGAGAUUGCAAGGAGGGAUAGGGAACAUUAUGAUUUGGAGGGUCAGAGUUGGGGUGUUGGUCAGGGAUUCAGAAAGAGAGCAGUGAGCAGGUGGGGGAGGAGUGUGUGCUUGCCAGAUGUUGCAAUUGAACAGGUUUGGUUGGUGGGCCAGGAAAAAGCACUCUUGCUCCUGUUUAGCUCACAAGGAGUGCUAGAAAAGCACUUGCCUCUGAUCCACAGUGGUCCUCACUUCCCUAUAGCUGCCAUGUUUCUUAAGACCCAAGAAACCCAGGUGGCCAGUAUUAAAGCUAGAAGAGAGAUCAAAUCUGAGCCAUGGAACCCCAUUAAAAUGUUGAAAUGAGCAAUCUCCCUCCUGGAAGCUGGUUGGCUGUCUGCCUCUUAAAGCCAGUAGUGCGUAAUUUGAGGCCUUUCGGGUUUAGUUUUGAGAUUUUUUACAUUUUAGCACUCCAGCUGACACAAGUUUACUGUUUUUGGAGGUUAAAAUUAUCCCCUACAAUUCUGUGUGGUUACAAACAUAAUGAAACUCCUUGACUGCAGAGCUAAAUGGAAAUAAGUUUAAAUCCAAUUUCCAAUGUUGUAAAGUAUUUGGCAUUUUUAUUGGCAUAUUGCAAUUUGCAGUUGCUAUUUAUUACUGAUUUGUACCUUUGGAUGUAUUAAUUCUGGAUCAACAUUGCUAAUGGUACUGAAACAAAUCAAAUUUCCUUUGCUUUACUAUUUAAAAUUCAGAUCAAAACUAAUUUCUAGUCAAUUGAUGUUUUUGAGUAAAUACUGUCCCAGGUAAAUGCCACAACAUUUACUUAAAUUAUAUAUUUGGAAGACUUAAGGUUCAUUUGAACUUACUAUAUUGAUAUCAUUUAAUACCAAUGCCAGGUAUUAAGACCUGUCUAAUUUAAUAUUCCUAAACUUGUAUCCAUCCAGUAAUUCCACACUACAAAAGUGUAUGUGAAAGACCCGUAAGUUACAGAUUUGAUACAAAUGAAAGGACUAUUGAAAGUUUGCUAAUAUUCUAUGAAUUCCUGAAAGGAAUCUGCAGUAAGUCAAUAUAAUGUACUUGCUUAUUAAUGAUCAAUUCUAAUUAAUUAGAUGUAUCUAUGGAAAAAGAAUCCUCUGAUUACUCUGCAAGUUCAUCCUUGAGUAGCAGUCACAUGGACUAGGAUAAUCCCUUGUUCUGCUCUUAGUCUGAUUUGAUGCAGAGCAUAGAAGUGAUUGCAAUUAUCCUUGAGUUAAUGAUGGUUAAAUUAGUCAGGAUCACAUCAGCUAAUCAUUACCCAAUGGUCCCUACUAGAACUGCAUAAAAGUAGACUCUGUGUGAGAACCUGCAUUUGAUUGUGAUGGCCAGAUAGUUUGCCAACACAAAUGAAUAAUCUCUUGAACAAGGGAAAGCAGUGUCAUUUUGGCUGAUGGAACUGUUAAUAGAGGCAAGAAAAUUGUUGGGGAUUGGGGGAGCUAUCACUGAAGUUUGUCAUAUGCUAGCAUAUCGAACAGUACUAAAUAAAUCCAUGGAUUUAUUUUUCAAGAGCACGGUUGAAAAUUAUGCAGCAGUUAUACAAUUUCCACAUGGGCAUGCAGGUUGUAGAGAAUGGAAGAAAAUUAAAAAAUAGAAACUGAAUUUUGAAAAAGAUAAAAAAAAACUGAUUUUAUUCUAUCAGCAAAAUAUUGCAGUAAAGUAAUAAUUUUGUUACAUGUCUGAUCCUGUCAAAAUAGCAAUGUUGCAUAAUUAAGUUUGAAAAUCUCACCUGUAAACCAUCAUCUGCCAUUAAUUGGUGAAUGGACAUAAAAUAGCAUCUUGGCUUCUUGCAUUGUAAUGUAGUGUAAUAUUGAUGUGAUUCAUAGUAAUGCCCUGGGUAAUUAACUAUGCAUUUAAAUAAGAAACACGUACUUCAUCUAUGCAAGUGUGAUAUGUAUUGUCAGAAAAGUAAAAUUAAUGUAGAGCAAUGUUUUUCUUAGAACUAUGUUUUUUCUUGAAUUUUCCUUGAACAUGCAGGUUUAAUAAGAGCUAAGAAGUUGUCUUGGCUCUAAGACAGAAACUUAGUCCAGGCAUUUUUCCACAAUAAUCCUUCAUGAAGUUCAAGUUCAUCACUUACUAUGCUGGCUACUUAAUUACCUAAAUUGAACCUGAAUUCUGUCUACUGGCUACUUAAUUACCUAAAUUGAACCUGAAUUCUAUCUAAAUUUUUAGUGCUGUCAUAUCGUAAAGCCUACUUUUUGUCUUUUGUUGUAUAGUUGAAUCCUAACCAAAUGCAUUGUGCCAAAAUAUUUUUAUUCUGAGGCCAUGAUCUCUGUAGAUUCAUUGUAGGUUCAUAAAACAUUAGCUCUUUAAUUGUGCUGCAGCUAAAUCAAAAUGGGCAUUGUUUGAGUAUCAUCUUAAAUAUUCUUGAAAGUUGCCACUUUCAGUUCUGCGCAACCUGCCAUAGAAAUUUGCGAUCAUCCUGCCCAUCAGUCUCUUGAAUAAGUUCUCCACUGCCAUAAGUGGACAUUUAAUCCAGUUAUUAAGCACGAUUUAUAGGAAGCAUUUUCCCUCAUUAGACUCAAAAUUGCCUUUUAUCAGUUUGCACACGAUGUUCUCUCAUCCUUCAGUUAUGUUUAAUGAAGUAAAGUUCAGGAUUAACAUUUUUUAUUCCACUUAGUAUGCUGAAUGGUAAAUUCUCAUGAAUGAUGGAAAUAAAUCUUUAUGCAACAUUGUGUUUUUUGGGGGCUUAUAUGGAAAGUUUAGAUACACUUGUGCUGAUGUUUAUGACUUCUAGAAGCAAAAAAGCACCUUUUCUGUUUAGUUUUUUCUAAUUUAUUGCACAUCGUUCUUAACACUUGAGUAUAUAUCAUUAGAAUUCCACUGGCUACGGAUGAAAUUACUCUGAAAAGUACUUCAUUGACUUUAAAGUGCUUUGAGAUGCCUGCUGGUCAUGAAAAGUGCAAUAUAAAUGCAGGUCUUUCGUUCAUAUGUUCCCAAAAUCAAGAGCUGUAAGGACAAUAAAGCUAAUACCAUUAGUGAGUUUAAGAUAUCCUUGAAUUAUCUGAGCAGGAAAUAUUUUAAAAAGUGCACUGUAUAUCUUUAAACUGCAUUUCCUUGUGCUACUAGAGUAUUCAAAUAAAGACUUGCAGGUCGUA